CAGCUACGAAGAGUCGAGGUGGUUAGCUGUACUACUUCGAUUUAGACUCCAUUAUUAUUUAUAUUAGAUGAUAGAAUAUAGACGACUUUGUUGAUUUCAAUAUGGGGCUACUCUACCUCAUUCUGCAAAAUAUCUUAUUCGUGAUUAUGAGCUACCCUAGCAACGGAAGCAGCAGAUUUCCUCCGAAUAGUUUAUUCAAUCUCAAGUGAGUAACGGUAAUAUACCGACGAAAACACAGAUUCAACCCAAGAUAAUCAUUCAAUAGCAUUUACCGAAAGAAAUAUAUAAUUUAUAAACGUCUACCAUCAUUCCAAACCGUCCUCGAAGUUUUCUCGCUACAGCAACUCCUCUUUUCGACUUCCCAUCUCCGCUAUUUUAGUUCGACUUACAACGAUCAUGGCUAGACGAAACCCAUCAACAUCGGUCCCCUACACAGGAAUUAUCAAAGUAUACUCUACAGAAGAUGACAGUCUCGUGGUCUGGACGAAUCCGCGGCAUAUCCACCUGCACAAGAAGACCUCGUCGGGAAGGACCGCUUGCUGCGACCCCUUCACCGCAGGCGGUAUCGUUGAGAACCCCGUCGGCACACUACAUUUUCUAACAUCCGACAGGUUCGUGCCCGCGGAUGUAGAGCCGUAUAUGGACACGAACGAUAAGACCUGUGCAUGUGUUGGGUAUGUCCAGCAUACAAGCCGGAGGCUUCAUUACACCCUAGUUGCUAUCAGUGAUGCCGUAGCGGACAGAGAAGCAGUUAGGCAAGCAAAGAUACUUAGCUGCAUACCUGCGUCAAUGCAACAGAUACACGAAUUCACAAUGCACCCUACCAUGCUCAAGGAUCUCCACAGGAAGUAUGACCUAACCCUCCUUGCUCGCACCCGGCACAACCAGGUCAUCAAGGGGCGCAUUACAGUCCUACCGCGCAAAGCAAUAGACCCAUCAUACCGAGGCUCCAGGCUAGUCCUAGCACAAUUCGAUCCUGCCCUCGUUUAUAUGGAUGAAGGCAUGUGGGUGUAUGCCAGACAACCAAGCGCCGAGAUGCUGGACAGUAUGACGAACGAGAUGCUCGCGAGGCUGGACAGUGGGCCGUACCAUUCUGAGACUUUCCGUUACCGGUAUAAUUUCUCCCGCUCCAAUCAGCCUUACUACACUCUCCGUAUCGUAGGACAUAUCGUGGAAACCCGUGCCCGCGAUCCGAAUGGAUGUGUGGAGGUGGCGAUCCAGUGCUCACACGAGGUGUUGAGUGAGAUCUCUCUCCUGCGAGACUGCUUGGAUAACCCGGAUGGUAGUAACCCCCCACCCACGUAUUUCGGAUGAAUAGGUACUCGAAGCCGGGGGAAAUUCGGAUGAAUAGGUACUCGAAGCUGGGGAAAUAAGGCUGUGGGUUCGAAGGCAAUGCUAGUUUCGUCUGGCGAUGCUCAACUGCUAAGGGGGCACCACACAUAAGACCUAAAAUUUACCUAGGCAUACAUUUAGGGUAGAGAUGUACUUUGAUACGUGAUACCUAAUUAUUUAGCGUGAUUACAUACCUCUAAUUGACCAUACAUCUUAGACGCGUAAGUAA